CACCUUAUAGGUAAAUUAUAAAAAAUCUGACCAGGUAUGGUUAAAUAUACUCAAGACAUUUAUAUGGCUAAAAUCAUUUCAAUAUUUUAUAUUAUUUAUUUAAACAUAGAAAUAAUAUCAAGCACCACUCAAUGUUAUGUAUGUAAAGAUCAAGAUAAUAAUGAAGACAAAUGCAUAAAAACGCGUGAAUAUUGUCAAAACCAAACUCAUAAUGCAUGCCGAACAACAGUUAAAAUGGGAGUGGUCCCAUAUUGGUCUGCAUUACCUAAAUAUCAAUAUUACAUAAGUAAACAAUGUGAUACAAUUGACAAUUGCCAAAACUUAAAUAUGAUUCAUUAUGGUGGAUAUGAUCCUGAAAGACAUCAGGCUGUUAAAAAAUGUACAUAUCAAAAAUUUAAUGACUGGGAAUGUGUUGACUGCUGUAUAGGAGAACUAUGUAAUUAUUAUGUAGUGCUUUCUGGGAGCAAGGAAAAAGUUAGUCUGCUUUUUAUCAUAGUUGGUGCGAUCUUAUCCAUUUUCAAGAUUUUUGGCUCUUACUAAAAAAUCAAUCAUAAUCUGCAUUUGACUUGCUCAAUAAUAAUUAUCUUACUUUAGUUUAUACUCAAGUAUCUUUUUUAAUUUAUAUUUUUAUAGCAAUUAUUAAAUUUUAUGUAAAAAAAUAAUUAUUUUUUAAUCCUUAUCUAAUAUAUGUUAAUUGUUUAAAGAUGAUAAUCUCAUA